AUGCCGAACCCCGGAAAUGUUGCUCGCGGCUUAAAGGGUGCUGCCAACAACUCCAACAACUCUGAGGAGGCCCGUGCCGAUGCUCAACGCCGCCUCGAUGAGAUGGAUGAAUCUGGCCAGGUUGACAGCGCCGAAGCUCAUGCCGGUCAAGUCGAGCGUGGUCACAAGGCGAGUCAUACCUCAGGUCCGCGUGGCAGUACAUCAAUCAUGAACAUCGAUGCACAGGCCAAUUUGAGCAAUGCUCGUACUUCUGAGGACUCGAAGGAGCAAUCGAAGAAGGUUCUGGGUGACCUGGAGGACUGA